AUGCUGCCAGGCACGGCAUCUUCAGAACAAUGGAAGACCUUCCUCCACCGAUGUUUGGCCCAUCGCGUAGAUGUCGAUGAAUUCAAGGACCUCACCAAGCUGAUGCUUGCCCGCUCCCCGGUCAAAGAAAAUGAACUCCUGGAUCUGCUCCUGGAGGCCCGCGCUUCCUCGGCUAUCGCUUGGGACCCCUUAUUGCCUGUCUAUGUCGACAGCCUGUGCAAGGUUGGACAGGUUAAGUCGGCAUCGGCGCUGAACUCGCUUUUGAAGCAUUCUUCUAUUCGAGGGAAGGUGGCGAUGAAGCGAAAAGCGUCGACUCUUAUGACUGAUAUUAAGGUCAUUCAAGAUGUUAUGAUGGCUGUCUCGACUGGGUCUAUUCCGAGGUCUGUCGCCGAAGCGGCGGAUCUUUAUGCUGCCACUGUUGAGUGGAUCGUGGCUGUUGUCGCCUGGCACAAUGAUAGCCUGAAUGAGUCUCAGCAGACGGGUGGCUUGAUGAGCUCGCCUGAUGCGGUCUCGUUGUUUGAGUCGCUGGGUAUCCUUCUUGCUGCGCUGUCGGGGACCGCGAAGGGUCUCGAAACGUUGUCCAGUGAUAACUGUCAAGAUUUGAAAACCAAGUUGGGUCAGGCGCUCUCCAGUUAUCUGCCUCUCUGCGUGGACGUGUCUCUGCCUUUGCGUCAUCGGCUGGAUACGCUUCAGAAGGAUUUCAAUAUGUACGGACAGCAAUCUUCCAAGUCAUUGGACCAUCCUGCGAUCGAUGGCAUGAAUGUCAACGCUCUCCAGUUCGAGGCUUCGGUGAUGGAUGGCCCGGUCAUCAAUACUAGAGUUGGUCUCUAUGUCUAUCUCAACUCCAUGCUUGUGGGUCGUCCUUUGGUUGAUGAUUCCAUACUCAUCAAUUACCUCACCAAUCGCUACGAGGGGCACCAAGAAGUCCUCGUCGCAGAGAUAAUCACGGCCUCCUUCGACGUACUGUCUAACGGCGUCUACCGCAACGAGUCCAGUCGUACAAUGUUCUUGUUCCGGUCCUUCCUGGUGAACAAACUUCCAGCAUUCUUUGCAGCCAUGACAGCAGCGUCUAUGGUGCCCAUCCGUAUCGAGAUGUGCAUUACACAAGCGCUCAGCCGACUUGACCCGAACGCCUUCCCCUCCUUCUCUCAAAUGUUCUCCAUGCAGGGCAGUAGCGUUCUCUCAGAUGCUCGCCAGGAGUUCCUAUUCGCCUGCGCAUCUCACAGACUCAUUCCCGAGUCCAGCAUCGAAAGGCUUCUCGGAGAGAAUCCAAUGCAGACCUUGCCCGUUGGAGGUCCUUACCAAAAGGACGAUCUUGUUUCGCAAAUCAGCUCUAAUUUUGAACGUGCUGAUCAAUUGAUCGGUGAGAUUGAGUCUAUGGAGGGUAAUGCUGGUGCCAUUGUUGGUGCGAUCACCGAGGUCAUGUUCAACCUAUGCAAUCAAAAAGAGACCAUGACGUUGAAAAAUAUCUGCAACUCCCUUUCUCGGCGCCCGCAAGCGUUGGACGUCAUUCUCCUCUUCCGAACCACGAAGCAGGUCUUGCAGCCCCUCUGUGCCCUGCUGGACUCCUGGCGCUGGGAUGACGACCAAAGCGAGAACCAACCUGUCUAUGAUGAAUUUGGAAGCAUUCUACUCCUGGUGCUUGUCUUCAAGCACCGCUAUGACUUGACUUUAUCUGACAUUGGUAUCUCGAAUAACGAUUCUUUCCUGUUGAAACUGUUGGAUCGUGGCUCAUGCAGCCAGAAGCUGAGUGAGCUGAGCGAGAAGCAGAACAAGGACAUUGGUAGCUGGAUUGCGGCUCUGUUCAUUGCUGAGGGUAUCAGUGAAGAGACCAUGUCUGCCUGCAGCCCUCAGGAGUUCUACAUGCUUGUGGCGACGCUGUUUGAUCAGAGUCUCGGUGCGUGCGAGUCAGGGAAGUUGGACUUUGAGACGUUGAAGGGCGGUUUCGAAUACCUGCUCGAGCCCUUCUUACUCCCAUCCCUGGUCGUGGCAUUGACUUGGCUCGGUAAUCACAUCUGGGAAUCCGAAACCGAGCCCACAAUUCCGUUGCAAACCCUCUACUCCCUGGUCAAACCCAGCUCCAUUUCCGGCGAAGCGCAAGCCAUCCAUCAGACCGUACUGAAUAUCACUGCUCGGCCCCUGGAAGAACAACUCAAGGACGUCCGAACGCGACACCAAUCACGUACAGACAUUAAACCAAUCCUCGAGUCCCUCGAGCCCUACCUAUCCUUCCGCCGUGUCGGCAGCUGCCACCGCUCCGAACUCGACAACUGGGCCGCCCAAACAGCAGGUGGCCUUACAGGAAGCAUCCGCAAUACCCUCCAAUCGCUAGUCCUCUGGAGCUCAAACUCCGAAAUCACAAUGGCGCCCCAGUCCUAUACCCACCGCCAGCUCCUCGCCGGAAUACGCAUCCUUGGCUCCGCACGCGUCCUCAACGCAAUGCUAGACGAAGUAAAACAACAAACAGAAGCCGGCAGCGGCGAUCUCGCCCUCGACAUCGCAGCAACAAUGAUCUGCGCACCAAUGGCCGAAUCCUUCGCAGUCGACCAGAACAUCUGCCACCCAGUCGACUCGAGCAAAGAAUCCCUCCCCCGCUGCUCAAUCCUCACCCUCCGAGACGCCCUAGCUCUGCAACAUGACAACGUCCCCAAAAUCUCAGAAAAAGACCCCGUCCGCGCACAAGUUGUCGUCCGCCUCUGGCGCCGCGUCAGUCUCCUCUCUACCCCGCCAUCUCAGGUACCCAAUAUCGACGUCAGCAACAUUAUCCACAACAUGCAUCUCGGCGUCGAACAAGACCGCAUGGAUCUAGAACCCACCACCGGCGUUGGCGUUGAUGAUGAUGAUGCGGACAAUAUCAACCAGAUGCUGGAUGAUGCUACCGCUGCCGCAGCAGCAGGCAUGGAUAGUGGAGUUGUCGGGCAUGACAUGGGUCAGGAUCUAGGCCAGGAUCUGGGCCAGGACAUGGGGUUGGAUGCGGGUACAGGCAUGGAUGCUAUUGAUGACGUUCUUAAUGCGGCAGAUAUGGCGGUUGGAAACCCGGAGUUUUUGGAUUUGGAUAUGGAGGGCAUGUUCUAG